AUGUCUGGCGAAUCUCAGGAGGACUUACCGGGUGCUUUGGCUAGUACGGAAUCCAGCAUGCCGUGCAGUCGUAACCCCAGGGAAAAACCUGUGGAUGCUAACUGCACCAUGCGUGUAUCUCCCCUUCUACAUCCAAUGGCAAAGGCGCACAACACGAACCGUGGGAUGCCGUCUCCUGCCUCCGCUUCUGAUGACACAACCAAAGCAGCAUCAAAAGAGCAGCCUGCAACGUCAUGCAUGGGAGACAAGAGGUUGGCGUCAGCUCCUUCCACAGCAUCUACCACAACAGCUGAAGCCACAACAAAGGUGGCAGAUACGCCUUUUAGAGAUCCGUCGAGUAGAAAAAUCCGUGCUUCUGCCGCUAUGUCGACGUUCGAGGAAACACAAAAACUCGCUGUGCAAGGAGAUGCAGGAACCACUACGGGAAACUCCCUGCAGAUAGCGUCUUUCGCAUCGUCUUUAUCUGGUCCUUGUACGCUUGCAGAUCUAGCUUGUGCCAGCCAGAGAGUAACAGACCGGCCGUGCUCCCCCAGGCAACAGCAAGCAUACUGCAACAAAGAGCAGGUUCCCCAGAAAGGUCCUUUGCCACUUACACGAGCCAUUCGGAGGACUGCUGGAGAAUCUGAAGAGGGAACCCCGUGCAAAGGGAAUCCGUAUGACACGUCUGUAGCUGGUCUCGUGGCAGCUCUGGGUGCAUCAAGCCUUCGACUGGCAGCUGCUGCAGAACAGGGUCUCGACAGCAGCCCUUCUGAUGCUGGAGGCAGGAUAUGGCAGCGGUCAAAGCGAGUUCCUGUACCGACAUCAGGAACCACUGCAACUGAGACCUUUCAUAGCGUAUCACCUUCAAUCGCAACCACGAAGUCUCAAACGUUUACUCAAACCAGACGCUCCCCUAUUACUCGACGCGUCUUGCCUGCUCCAAAGGCAACUGAAAUGAAUAGGAACAGACGAACACUACCUCCUCCAUCUGACACUUCUCGAAGGAGCAAGUUGCAAGAAUCUCCAGUGCAAACACCUUCACAGCCACCCGCUACCAAAGAAUUGUUGAGGGCUGGGAGACGCAGUGACACAAUACACCGGAAACAGGUUGCCAACCACCACUAUGACGUGGACCCUAUUUUUCUGCAUACACUAGCGAAUGGGUCCAAAAAUAAUCAAACGCCCGGCAUAGCGGCCCAGGAGAGUGAGAUGUGGCCCUGCCGCAGUCCAUCUGCAGUGGAGUGCACCCGCAGUAGCAAUUCAUGCAUGAAAAACUCCAUGCUGGACAUGCACACAGCAGUUACGAAAGAUGGCUCGGCCUUGUCAACGAAUAUUCAAGAAAGCACAACUUGCGACAACCUUUGUCACUCACCAGAGUGGCACCUGCUUGCUCGUGGGCCGCACAGGGUUGAAACCGUGGGCCAAGAUUGUGCGUCCAGCGCUUACCAUGGAGAGGAAGAGCACCAGUUUUCCAUGUUGCUCCAACAUUCCCUAGGGCUGCUGCGACGAGAAGCUGCUCGGUGUUUUGCGAGCUCGCAAGCGUUUGUCAAGCAAAAGCUUUGGAGGGAGUUGCAGCACGAGCGGCACCUACGAUUGCAGCUUCAGCAAGAACACCAAGUUAGAUCUGCAGCUGCUCAGAAGGAGCUGGUUGCUUUGCGAGCUCAGCAAGCCGUGGACUACGAAAGGCUAGAUAAAAUAAUGGAGAUCUGCUGCAGGAGAAAGCGCACAGAUGAGAGCUGCCAACUCCUGCGCUUUGCGUGGAAAGGAUGGCAGCUCCACAGAGUGCUCACAUGGCGGCUCAAACAGCUUCAAACGGCUCUACAGCAGCGCCAUUUGUUCAUGUUACAGCUUCGGGCGUUUUUGCCCUGGCGGGCAGCAGCUGCUAGACGCACCCUCGAGCAACACAUGCAACGAGCGCAGAGACUGUUACAGCAGGAGAUACAACGAAUUGGGCAAGCGCAUGUCGAAAGCGCACAGAAGCAUCAAAUGGAACUUCAGCAGCUUCAAAAACAACUGAAUAGCGAGAUACACCUCCGGGAAUGCUUGCAACAGAGCCUUAUAGGGCUGGUUACUAGGGGAGGCAUCGGUGCUUCUCCUCAAGGGGUCCGCAUAUCGUCUCCCAGCGAAAGUGUUUACCCCGCUCCGGCACCGUCUUCAGGAAUCCACAAUGAAAAACGACAGCAACGGCCGAAACCUCGGGAAAAUCGUACAAGACAGGAGAAGAUACUGAGUGUAGUAGGCACGCAAUCAAACAUUCGGUGCCGGCCAACGCCAACAAGCCAUAAUAAUUCUAGACAGCAGCAAGACGAAAAAUUACCGCUGACUGACUGCAGCCACAAAAAAUGGUUGUGGCAUUGGCUAUUGCAAAAUGCCGGGCUGGGAGGACCGGCACCUUUACAACCUACCUUUUACAAGUUCGACUCCCGAGCAACAAGGGAAAUUACAGCAGAUGCUGGACGCCGCGUGAAAUUCGCCAAUGACCAAGAAGUGCAGCAGCAACACAACCAACAACAGAAUCUUAUGUUGCUUGCCAACUUACUUUCGGACCAUUUUUCACAGAGGCAGAAUUACAGUGGUGCAGCCCGGGAAGGACCGGCCGUUGCUCAGGCUUGUUGUCAUGAGGAUUGUAGCUCCUCCAGGUUGGCGUCACCUUCUGCUCCCAACUAUGAUCGUUGGGACCUGUGUCCUGACAUUUCGUUUUCAGAAAAGAAUGCUACAGCAGUAAGACGAGGCUCGUGUGAAGGCGAUUCAUUGACGCAUCGAGGGCACACGCAGACAAAGGCAAGGCUCGGAGAAAAGCACAACUAUUUUAUUAGUGCUCAAUGGAACCCUUCCCAUUUCGGCUCCUCUGGUGUUGAGUGCCACCCACACAAGCAGAGAAGCUGGGCCUCAGCAGGGCAGUUCACUCCUGCAGUGUAG